UUUUAUUCUUCUCGGGUUGUUGAGCGAAAUGACACAAUCGCCCUACCACCGUGUUGAAUUCAACGUCCAUAACAAUAAUCAAACCACCUCAAUAAAGCUCGCGCUCAAACCUGAGUUCACUCUCAAAGAUGCGUUGACCCAAGUUCGUAAUGUCUGGACUGCUGAAACUAAGCACAGUGCCAACCUUGCCGCUAUCAACCUUUUGUCCGUAAAAGAUUCUGAAGGCUUUUGGUUACCACAAGACAGCGCAAUUAAUUGCGUCCUCAAGUUGAACGAUAAGGUUGAUGUCUUCGUAGCCAACAACAAGAGAAAGCCUGAACAGAGCGAGGGAGCUCCUCCAAAGAAAGCUAAAGUCGACAAGGGUGCCAAGACGAAUGGUUCUACUGCAGCAAAGCAAACUUCUCCCGCCAAGCAAUCAACUUCCUCUGCUACCGUGCCUGGAAGCCCUGCAAAGGGUGCAGUCAAAGCUCAGGACAAGACUCAGCCUCCCAAGGUUCAUUCUCACAAAGGUGAAGGAAAGAAGGCAGAGAACGGUGGUCAAAAGAGGAAACAUGAAGAGAUUGCCGAGAAGUCGCCAGAAGAUAAAAGUAAUGACAAUAAUGUGAAGGCAGACGAUGGCAACAUGCAAGGUAAACCUGAUAACAAGGCCAAGCAAGCCGAUAACAAGAAAGCAAAACAGGGACAACCUAAUGCCGGGAAAUCAGCGAAAUCUAAUCACCAUCAAGAAAAGCAUGACAAAAACAAGAAGAAGAAAGGUAACCAGGCCGAGCAGAACAAACACAAGAAGCCGGAACAUAAGACCGGAGAGAAGACCAAGCAAAAUAAACAAGCUUCUAAGACUGAUAAAAAGCCAAAUGCUAAUCAGAAGAAGCAAGCAAGUCUUGUUGAAAAGGCAGAACCCAAAGCCGAUAACAAAAUAGAGCAAAAGACUGCGCAAAAAAAGCAGAAGGCUGAGCCUAAGCCAGAAGAGGAGAAAGAUGUCACACCUAGAGAGUUGACUAUGAACCAGGAGGAAUUCAAUUUGAACAGGGAAGGGCAAGCCGAUGGGGGUCACACUAAGAAAACCAAAUACCAGCAGAAAGAAGGACUCCAGGACGAGUCUGAACCUGAACCAUUUUCGGAUAUGACAGUCGAGGCAACCACAGCGAAAUCCAAAACCAAGAAGCACAAAGCAGAGAAACAUCAAAAACAUAGUCACGAUCUUUCAGCAUCUGCCGCCGCCGAAGUGCAUACUGAAUCGAAGAAGCAUAAAAAGAACAAGAAGAACAAGAAGAAGAAAGAGGAAAAGGAAAUGCAUAGAAAGCACAGCCAUGAUUUAUCCGCAACUGCCCCAAUAGAAGAGCAGACGCAAAUCGAUACCACAUCGCAGAAAAAGAAGGAGAAGAAGCAGAAGAAGAAGGAAGAGAAGGCUAGAAGAAAGAGCAAGGAUCUGACAGCAGAUUCUCCUUUAGAGCAACCGUUGCCAAUGGAUACCAAGCUUGAGAAGGAGGAAAAAGCGAAGAAACACAGUCAAGCUAAAAUCACUGCAUCUGACGCUAUGACACCGCCAGCAGUUGAAGCUGCGCCAAAGAAACAUAAGGCUGAGAAGAAGCGGAAGUCGAGUCUGCUUCCCAUUGCUUCAUUCGAACAGGAUGUACUUUCUGUCGAGCCUGAGACAACGGUUCCUGUAGCGGCUGAAAUAGCUUCUGGGCCCGCUAUCCAUACCCAAAAUGAAGAUAAGGAACCAGCUGACGAAGACAAUUUUAUUAGCGCACUCUUCCCAGAAGCUGGGUCAGCAUCUUCUGAUACCACUAUCACUCCACCUACGGCAGAUGUCCCUGAGGAAACUACGAUGUCUCCUGAUGCUGAAACGGAAUCUUCGCCAGAAGUGGAAGCAACUGUGACCCCGACCAUAGAGGAACCUAGCUUUUCAAAUGGUGCAGACUCUGGCUCUGAUAUUGAGGAAGAGGACCCUGAAGCAACUGUGACCCCAGACAACGAGGAACCUAGCUUUUCUCAAGCUACAGAUCAUGGCGCUAACUCUGAUGUGGCGGAAGAGGAAGUGAAUUUCAAUGAAGUAGAGGAAGCAGAGGAAACGAAUGUUGCUGUCAGUGAGGAAUUACCAGAUAUUCUAGCAAGUAAUUUACCUAUUAGUUCGAUGGAAGAUACUCCUGAGCCUGAUGUAGACGACAUAGAGAUGCAACCCUCUCCUGUUGUGGAAUCGCGCGAACUAUCAUUUGAACCUCAAGCAUCAAGUACACCUAUCAUGAUAGAUUCGCCAAGCACCAAUUCUGUUCAUGAAAUGGAAAUUGAAACACAGCUGGAGCAAAAUACUGAAGCAUCUUCUCUUGAGCAAGACGUGAUGAAAGACGAAGGAUCCACCGUCGAACAGGACGAUGAUGUGUCAGUUGCACAAGUCGAAGAAUCUGAAGAAGUGAUAUCUUCUCAGGCUAUACUUCCAGCUUCUGGUAUAAGUACACCUACUAGCCAACUGGACAUUCAGUCGACCAAGGAGGCACAAGAAGAUCCGGAAAGCUCCUCUGCAGAAUCGUCUUCAGACGAUGAUGAUGACGAUACUUUUGGAUUUGGUGCUUUCACAAAAUCAGAAGCAGACAACCAGGAACAACCUGACGGAGGCUACCUUCAGACCACCAUCAAUAUACUUGAAGACAUAUCCAAUGAAUCUGCCAAACCAGUCGACGUCAAAGCGGUGGAGGCAGCUACAGAACUUCGCAAGGUAUGUGACGAAGAAUUCAAAACGCGGCUUACAAGAGCUAUCAAGAAUGGAGGAGAGACUGUAAAAUCUGGAAAGGAAAUGCAACAAUUACAAGCUGCACAGUUAGGAGACGAAGAUAGCGAAGAUCACCCAACCUCCGGCCUAUUGCCAGGCUUCAUGUCCAAAUCUAGAGCUCCCACUCUUUCUGAAAUAUACGCCAAUAGCCAACGCUAUAUAUAUAAAUCCAUCCACGGUAGAUCUCCACCACCGUCUCCAUCUCGCCGUUAACACUUUUGCCUACCAAUAUUGUAUUCUUCAUUCCUGUAAAUUCAGCUGUCCAACCAACGUUUUACUGAUGCUUUCCAGUCUAUCCAAUAUUUGCAUCUCAUUAGUAGGGUAGAUAGAUUAAGCGCUUUCUUUAAUACAUGUAAAUUCAAUCCCCAGCUUUGAAGCAGCAGACCAAAAAGAAGGGCUGGACAAAACGUGAAUGCAAAUGACC